AUGGCCGAAGACUGGAAUGAGUUCGUGUCCACUCACUCAAAGGUGCGGCCAAUGAUAAGCAAAGCGAUUUUGUCUCAUCGUUUUACGAAAUGCAGCAUCGGUGCGUAUUCGGUCGUGCUAGUUUUAUUUGGAGGAAGUAGCAUGAUUGCUCAAAAGCUCGCGGGGUCUGAGCAACUUGUUGAAGAGAAGCAGCUUAUUGUCAAAAUGAAUCUGCCGUCCGAGUGCAAUGCGUCGCCAAUUUACGAAAUUGUCAUGGCCACGCAAUUUCUUCUGCAAUGCACAUUGGCACUUAUAGCGGGAAUGCUGAAUGCUCUUAUUGUGACGUUAAUACUCCACGUUGCCGGUCAGAUCGACAUAAUAUGUCAUGAAUUGCUGGAGAUUCCUGUAGCCGAGGACAAAUAUGACUCGCGUAUAGUUGCAUUGAGAUCUAUCGUGAAUAGACAUCAGAGGAUUAUUGCCUUCGCGGACAAUAUCGAGGAAGUGUUCUGUUACAUGGCGCUGAUGCAAUUUCUCUCAAACACAUUUGUUAUUUGCUUCCUCGGAUUUAUAAUUGUAACUGCUAAAAUGUUGUACCUAAAAUUUUUGCAACCAUUAGAUUAUAAAAGACUCAUUGGACAGUAUCGAGAAAAACAUGUUUUACCUAUCAAACGGGAAUUUAAGCUUACGUACAAAGAUGCGUGGGAAAGAUUUUUAAGGCGUAAUCCUAAAGGAAAAGAAUUGGCUAUAAAACUUAAUAAUCACAAUAUUUCCAUAGAAGAUGCCUGCAAUUUUGCUACAGACCUAUAUUCAAAAACUUCAGAGAUAAUUCAUUCUGAAAUAGAAGAUAAAGUAUAUAUUAUAAAAGACUUAGAAGGCUGGACAGAAGAGGAACGAAAAUUUAUCGUGAUCAUUGCAGAGGAACUACUCGAUAAAAAAGAUGUGUUUGUUGUAACGACUUCAGAAUUUAAGAACAUUAUUAAAGAAGUAAAAUCGGACAACGCAGCGAAAAAAUUGUAG